UGGCAGAUCCUACUUUAAUAGUCUGCAACUUUGAGAAUGUUUCUCCUUUGCUCAAACGGGGAGUUCCAGAGACAGCAGUGAGUUCUGCUUGCCUUUGAUGAACUGCAAAUUUAAUGCCCCUUUCCUGAGCUCACUGGAGCCCUAGGAUAAGGGUGGAGACAUGGCCAGACCAGAGAAGGGCUCCCUGAAGACUGAGCCAUCUGCUGUGCCCCAAAAGCCUUGAAUUCUUAUUCACAAAGUUCACCAAAUUCAAGGGCAGGAGCUAUUCUGCAGAGCCCACCUGGGCUCCAGCCUGUAAAAAUGGCACUGAUGAAAGUCAAAUUCGACCAGAAGAAGAGGGUCAAAUUAGCCCAGGGGCUCUGGCUUAUGAACUGGCUUUCAGUGCUGACUGGAAUUAUCAUCUUCAGCCUGGGAAUAUUCCUCAAGAUUGAGCUCAAGAAGAGAAGUGAGGUAAUGAAUAACUCUGAGAGCCAUUUUGUGCCCAAUUCCUUGAUUGGAGUAGGGGUGCUAGCUUGUGUCUUCAAUGCUCUUGGAGGCAAGAUCUGUUAUGAUGCUCUAGACCCUGCAAAAUACUCCAAAUGGAAGCCAUGGUUGAAGCCCUAUUUGAUCAUCUUCGUUCUUUUCAACAUCAUCCUCUUCAUGGUUUCCCUUUUUUGCUUUCUGAUGAGGGGUUCCCUGGAGAGUACCCUGGCCCAUGGGCUCAAGAAUGGCAUGAAGUAUUAUAGGGACACAGACACCCCAGGUCGGUGCUUCAUGAAGAAGACUAUUGACAUGUUGCAGAUUGAGUUCAGAUGCUGUGGAAAUAAUGGCUUCCGGGAUUGGUUUGAAGUCCAGUGGAUCAGCAACAGAUACCUGGACUUUGCCUCCAAAGAAGUAAAAGACCGCAUCAAGAGCAAUGUGGAUGGACGGUACUUGGUGGAUGGUGUUCCCUUCAGCUGCUGCAACCCAAAUUCUCCUCGGCCCUGCAUUCAGACCCAGCUCACCAACAACUCUGCCCACUACAGCUAUGACUACCAGACUGAGGAGCUCAAUUUGUGGGUCCGCGGCUGCCGGGAGGCGCUGCUCCAUUACUACAGCAAUAUAAUGAACACCAUGGGCGUCAUUGUCUUUCUGGUCUGGCUCUUUGAGGUGACUGUCACAGCUGGACUGCGAUACUUACACACAGCCCUGGAUAGUGUGGCCAAUCCUGAGGAUCCCGAGUGUGAGAGUGAAGGCUGGCUGCUGGAGAAGAGUGUGUCGGAGACCUGGAAAUCUGUCCUGGAGAAUUUGAAAAAACUUGGCAAAGGCAGCCAGGUGGAAGCAGAGGGUGCUGAAGGCGAUCAGGCCCCAGCAGCCAGUUGAGGUGUCUCUAGGGAGCCCCUGCCAGGGACACCCCCACUGAACAAUGACGUGUGGGAAGUGGAGGGACUCAGAGGGGCAGUGGAAACUCUGCUCUCCUAAUCUAAUGUACAUUCAGACCCCCAGAGGAGAAUGACCAUCUCAAAGAAAUAAAUAAUUUUCAGUGGGUGGGUGGGUGGAUGGGCGAAGGGGUCCAUCUUUGGGGGGUUUCAAAUGGAAAGGGGACUCCCUCCAGCUUAUUCUUCUUUGGGAAACCCUCACUCUCCCCUUCAAAGGCUUUCUCUCUUCUUUUUUUGUGUGACCCCCAAUCCAUAAAUAGGGAUGCUUUACUAAAGGGGCAAUAGCUCUAUAUUCAUGAUCCUUCUUGCUCCCCUAGUACAGAAAGGUGACCCUAACAUCUCUGGGAUGGCUGCCUGCUUUUAUAUAUGCUCUUCCCACUGUUCCUCAUCCUCUCCAGUGCUUCUCUCCUUUUUUUUUCUUUUUUCUAUCACUUCCCUUGCAUCCUUUUUGGGUAGGUAUCACCCAAAUAAUUCCAGAAUGAGAGACUCCAUCUGGGGUUCUGCUCUGUGUAAGUCAGAGAGGUUUCCCUCACUAAUUCCAGGCCUGCUUUGUUGCUAAGACCAAGUGGACAAAAGCACCCCUUGAGGAGUCUAGAUGGGAUCAUAUUAGAGGAGUCUGAAAAACGAGCUGUUCAUUUUAAGUCGUAGCCCAGCACCUUUGCCCAGCUGAUGCUGGGGAUGUUGGAAGGUGGGGGAUAGGGGUGGGAGGGCCAGCUGACAGACCAAGUUUUCUCCUUUCCUAGAGGGGCAGAACCUUCAAGGCCUUGGUGGUUCUAAAAUAGAAUUCUUCCAGUGUGUGAGCAAAGAAGACAAAUAAUUUCCAGCCCUUCCCAUCUCUAGACAUAAGUGUGGUCUUUGACAUAGUCCCAGGUUCCUCAGCGAUUCACUUUAGAUAGAGCGAUGAGCAGAGCGGGUCAAAGGUAAACACUGCCACGUUAGAUUUCUUUCUUUUAAAAAAUAUCAAAUUAUACCUUUGCCCUGGAGAGAAGGGAUGCCUCCCGAAUAAAAGAACACUUGCCCUUU